AUGGAAGCCGCCCAGCGCCUAUCUGAGCCAUGGCCAGAAUACAUCCCCUCGCCCGAGUUCGUAGCGAGCAUGACGAUGAUGGAACAGGAAACGUCUUGGUACAAACAGUCGACGAUGUUUGUCCCGCAGUCUUCUCUUGUACCAUACGCCAGCCCUACUCAUUCGGAGUCACUGGUUCACUGUACAUCGCCAUCUGAGUAUAGCUCGACGUCUGAGAUGUCUGUCUUCGUUCAAAUCGACACUCCCAGGCCGACAGAUCCUACCCGGCAGAGUCGUUGGCCGGGUCGCUCGAAGGAACACAGUCGAGAACGUCGUAGGCGAUCGAAAGUCGCGAACGACGACGAUUUUGAACGCGCGAAACUCGCUCACAUUACUGCAGAGCGGAGAUACAGAGACAACCUGAACCUUCGACUGAGUCAGCUUCGUCAGACCUUGAAGAAUGUUGGAGCCGGGACCAGUGGCCGAUUUAAAGAUGAUUCGUCUCGACCUGCAGUGCCCGGGCGCUGUCGAUCACUCAAGCGCAAGGAAGACGUGCUUGUGGAUGCCAUACACUAUAUCCAAGGAGCGGAGGUGGAAAUCGGGCGACUUAAAGCUCAACUUAACGCUCUGAAGCUGGAUUCGCAGGAGCUAGACCAAGACUUCAAGAACGCACGAGAUAACUUCGUAGCCCAGAAUUUGAGGCGCCAUGUGUGA